AGAGCCAAACCAACCUGCAGCCCUGCUGAUCUCGGUGCACCUGUUUUCCACAGCACCCAUGGCGCAGGUGCUGGGCAUCUCCUUCACAGCCACUGAGCUGUUGCUGGUGACCGCCAUCUUCGGCCUGGUCUUCUGGGCCAUCAGAACCUCCACAUCUCGGGUACCCAAAGGCCUGAAGAGUCCACCAGGGCCCUGGGGGUGGCCAGUGCUGGGGCACAUUUUGACCCUGGGGAAGAACCCCCACCUGGCGCUGACCAGGCUGAGCCAGCAGUAUGGGGACGUCCUGCAGAUCCGCCUCGGGUCCACCCCCGUGGUGGUGCUGAGCGGCCUGGACACCAUCCGCCAGGCCCUGGUGAAGCAAGGUGAUGAUUUCAAAGGACGGCCAGACCUGUACAGCUUCUCUCUAGUGACCAAUGGCCAGAGCAUAGCCUUUAACCCGGACUCUGGGCCCGUGUGGGCUGCCCGCCGGCGCCUGGCCCAAGAUGCCCUGAAGAGCUUUUCCAUAGCCUUGGACCCAGCCUCCACAUCUUGCUAUCUGGAGGAGCACGCAAGCAGACAGGCCAAGAGCCUCGCAGACACUUUCCAGAAGCUCACGUUAGAGUCCGGGUGCUUCGACCCCUAUGAGCAUCUGGUGCUGUCGGUGGCCCGCGUCAUCGGUGGCAUGUGCUUCGGGGGGAACUUCCCGCAGAACAGUGAGAUGGUCACCGUGGUCACCACCAGCCAGGACUUCGUGGAGGGAGCCUCUUCUGGGAAUGCCGUGGAUUUCUUUCCCAUCCUCCGCUACCUGCCCAACCCCACCCUGAAGAGGUUUAAAGACUUCAACCAGAAGUUCAUCACGUUUCUGCAGAAAACAGUCCAAGAGCAUUACCAGGACUUUGACAAGAACAACGUGCAGGACAUCACGAGCGCACUGUUCAUGCACGCGGAGAAGGAGUCCACGGCCAAGGGCGUCCCCAUCCCCCGGGAGAAGGUCAUCAACAUCAUCAACGACAUCUUUGGAGCCGGGUUUGACACCAUCACCACGGCCAUUUCCUGGGCCCUCAUGUACCUGGUGACCAGGCCUGAUGUCCAGAGGAAGAUCCACAAGGAGCUGGGUAUACACAGCUCCUUCGCCCCCUUCACCAUCCCCCACAGCACAACGAAGGACACCAUCCUGAACGGAUUCUACAUUCCCAAAGAGCGAUGCGUCUUCAUCAACCAGUGGCAGGUCAACCAUGACCCGGAGACAUGGGGGGACCCCUUUGAGUUCCGCCCAGAGCGCUUCCUCACCGAUGGGGAGACCACCUUGAACAAGCCACUGAGCGAGAAGGUCUUGCUGUUUGGCCUGGGCAAGCGCCGGUGCAUUGGGGAGAUUCCUGCCAAAUGGGAGAUGUUCCUCUUCCUGUCCACACUCCUGCACCAGCUGGAGUUCAGCCUGACGCCCGGCGUGGAGCCCGACCUCACCCCCACCUAUGGGCUCACCAUGAAAUAUGCCCGCUGCCCGCAUUUCCGGGCGCAUCCCCGCUCGGCCAAAUGAACAAGGCCCUGCGGUGCCAGGGAAAAGGGGGCACCUGUGGGGCUUGGGUUUGAUUGCUUUCCACUUGUUGAUUUUAUGGAGAUAUAAUGCUUUUCCCAUAGGUCACAUCGCCUGAAGGAUAUUCAUAAAGUAGUGUAAGCAUCUCCUUGUACCCCCAGGACCCCCAGGAUCAUUUGCAUGUCAUGACUGUCCCCACUGAUCUGCCAUCCCCCGCCCCCCACCCCCAGCUACGAAUCUUCUUCCUUUCCCUAUUGCCAAGCUUUUGAAGCAGGGAAGAAAUUAUCUAGACCAAACCCAGACGCCUCAAUAAACACCAAGCAGACA